AUGCACGUCACUACUGACAACAUCUUCGUUCUCGCCUUCGUCAUCUUUCUGACGGCCAGUGACGUCAUAGCCAGCGUGCUUCCGUACUUGAAGUCUCUGAAUGAGGAAACGGAAGAGGAAAAGUUCCAGAAGGCUUUCGACUCGUUGGAUUAUCAUGCGAAUCCGUUUUUAAAAAAUAUUAACUGGGUAAGAAAGAGGGAUCUGAAUGUUGAGAGUUACAGUAAAAGUAGCAGUAACAUCGGUACUGAAAAUAAAGGUAACAAUAUUACUACUAUGAGUGUUCGAAGCGAUGAUAAGAAUGCGAAAAAUAAUUUUGAAAGUGUUGGUAGAAAUAUCAAUUUUAAUGUUCAUAGUGAUAAAGCAAAUACUACUAAAACAACUAUUUCAGCUACUGGUAAUAAUCUAGGUGAAAUAAUUUCUUACGCCAAAACACAGCCUGAUAUUAAAAAGGAGAAGCGUAACGGCUUGAAACUCGACAACGGUUUCGGUACAAACAUGAAGAAAUCGUCAGUCGGUACUCGACUAGUGUACCGUCGGUUUCACGAUAUGUUCAACGCCGGCGAGAAGGAAGUAUUAAUCGAGUAUUUGAAGUUCUUAGAAGCAGAAGCUGGAGAUGAAAAAAAUGAUGAUGGUGGUGGUGGUGAUGAGAAAAUUGAUGAUGAUGAUGCUGAUGAUGAUAAAACGGGCAACCAAACCACUGAUGUAAGAGAUAAAAGAAUUGAAAAGAACGCAACAAAAUCAACAACAUCAGCACGAUCAACAACAACAACAUCAACAACAACAACAACAUCAGAUGAAGAUGAUUGGAUUUACAAAUUGAAAGAAUCGUUAUACAAAAUGUGGCAGGCCCAUGUGAACGAUCCAUCGCCGUCCAAACAUACGUACAAAUUAAAAAAAAAUCUACAGAAUAACCGAUUAAUCACCGACAUUUUAACUCUAUCCAACCUCUUACUAUUCGCACCGCACAUCCUUUAUACAGAUGAAGAAGAAAGAUUAAUUUUUUCAACACUAGAUACAUUGGUCACUUCAUUCUCCCAACAUAAUGUUGAUUUCAGUCAGUCAUUUUUGAACGAGUUGAUUCGACGCUUCACAGAUUUGCACAAGAAACCGAGAAGUUUUCACUUGAAUCGACUCAACUUUGACCAACUAAUGAGUUAUCCUUUAGAUUUAAUAAAUUCGGUGCUCAUACCGAUAGCUCAGCAAUUGCCGAAUAUUGACGUAGCAUCGCUGGCGUACCAACCGGCGUUGUUAAGAUUCGAUACCGAAGAAUCAUUUCAAUUAGUGGAACAUUUCCUAUCGAAUAACUGGCCGCGUCAAGAUGUUAAAACUUUGGCAAGUGAAUAUUUUACGCCUUUGUUAGAAAGAGAUGGACUGAUUUUGGACGAACUGGGCGAUAAUUUCAAAAAAUCGAUUCAAGAAUUCGGGUACGACGAAAUGAAUUACGAUAAACAAGUUAGCGAGUUUAUCGAUAUUCUAUCCAACCCUAGUGCCAGUCACGAUUUCAGCUACUUUUCAUCAGUUAAUACCUACCGAGAGGAUAUUUCAAGUAAGAAGCAAAGUCUGAAACCGACCGCUCGAUUACUCGAAAAUAUUUUAAAAUCUAUAGAGGAGGUACUAUUUACCGGUUAUGACAUCCAAACGGUUUUCAAUAAUUACAACGAUUGGUUUGCACAGUUUAAUAAACCAAACAGCAACAACAACAACAACAACAAACAAAAUUCUCUACCCACCAACACUGAUAAUACCGACGAAAGAUUCGAUAGCGAUUCAAUUAUGGAAAGUAGAAGGAACUACCUGAAAAAUAAAAUUCUCAACCGCCAUCCUGGCAUAAAGGAUAACGAUGAUUCAACUAAAAAUUACAACAACAACUACAACAACAACGAUGUCUCUAUUACUGUUAAGGACGCUAAUGGGGAAAAGUUUGGUGGCAUUAAUGGUGAAAAACAUGGUGACGUUGAUGAAAAUUCGAAUUCAGGUUCUAAAGUUCUUAGACUGAAGCUAUCCCAGUUGAAAAAAUUCGAAAGACUUUUAUAA